CCGCCGUUUAGAGGGGAAUAAUCACGGUGCGCAUCUCCACAUUUUUCUAGCAUUGCUGCUUUCUUCCACAGUUCCACUCGCAGACCAAAAAUCCCUAAAUUAAACCCCCCGACUCUUCAAUUUUCCCUCUCCUCUUUCUCUCUCUCUCAGUUAUUUACACAAACACCUUUCGCUCGCAUUCAAAAUCUCCGCACAUCGCAUAAACCCUAGUCCCCCCCCACCUAACCAAAAUCUAGAUACUGCGAGAGCUCCAUCCCAACAAUGGAAUGGAACCCCGAAACCCUACAGCACCUCUCUCAGUGCUUCCUCCACACCCUCUCUCCAUCCCCGGAGCCUCGCCGCCGCGCCGAGGCUUCACUCUCCGAGGCAUCCCUCCACCCCAAUUACGGCCUCGCCGUCCUCCGCCUCGUCGCCGAGCCCACCGUUGAUGACCAGAUCCGGCAGGCCGCUUCCGUCAACUUCAAAAACCACCUCAAGGCGCGAUGGGCUCCCAACGCCUCUUCCGACGAGACCCCCAUCCCCGACGCCGAGAAGGACCAGAUCAAGGGCCUCAUCGUCUCCCUCAUGCUCUCCGCGACACCCAAGAUUCAGGGGCAGCUCAGCGAAGCCCUAGUCCUCAUUGGCAAGCACGAUUUCCCCAAGUUGUGGCCCGCUUUGCUCCCCGAGCUCAUCUCCAGCCUUGGGGCGGCUUCGCUUGCUGGCGACUACGCCUCCAUUAACGGUAUUCUCGGCACUGCCAACUCCAUUUUUAAGAAAUUUCGUUAUCAGUACAAGACCAAUGAUCUUUUGCUUGAUUUGAAAUACUGUUUGGAUAAUUUCGCCGCUCCCCUUUUGGAAAUUUUCAUGAAAACUGCAAACUUGAUCGAGUCUGCUGCUAAUUCCGGAGGGUCUGCCGUGGUGCUUAAGCCCCUUUUUGAGUCACAGAGAUUGUGCUGUAGGAUUUUCUACUCAUUGAAUUUUCAAGAGUUGCCUGAGUUUUUUGAGGACCAUAUGAAUGAGUGGAUGACUGAGAUGAAAAAAUAUUUAACCACUAGUUAUCCAGCGCUGGAGAGUAGCGCUAAUGGGCUUGCACUGGUCGAUGGGUUGCGUGCAGCUGUUUGCGAGAAUAUUAACCUUUACAUGGAAAAGAAUGAGGAAGAAUUUCAGGUGUACUUGAAUGAUUUUGCGCUCGCUGUCUGGCAAUUAUUGGUGAAUGUGUCUCACGUGUCGAGCCGUGAUCAGUUGGCUGUUACAGCUAUUAAGUUCUUGACCACAGUUAGCACAAGUGUGCAUCAUAAUCUUUUUGCUGCUGAGGGUGUGAUACCACAGAUUUGUCAGGGCAUUGUGAUCCCUAAUGUGAGACUGAGGGAGGAGGAUGAGGAACUAUUUGAAAUGAACUUUAUUGAGUUCAUCAGGAGGGAUAUGGAGGGUAGUGAUCUCGAUACUAGGAGGAGGAUUGCAUGUGAGCUUCUUAAAGGGAUCGCUAGCAAUUAUAAACAACAGGUUACCAAUUUGGUUUCUCUACAGAUACAGAGUUUGCUAAGCUCUUUUGCUACAAACCCAGUUGCGAAUUGGAAGGAUAAGGACUGUGCUAUAUACUUGGUUGUAUCGCUUGCUAUUAAGAAGGCUGGUGGUACUUCUGUUUCGACUGAUCUUGUUGAUGUUCAGAACUUUUUUGGGACGGUAAUUGCUCCAGAAUUGCAGAGUCAGGAUGUCAAUGGGUUUCCGAUGCUCAAGGCCGGUGCACUGAAGUUUUUCACAAUGUUCAGGAAUCACAUACCAAAGCCUAUGGCAUUGCAAUUUUUUCCAGAUUUGAUUCGGUUCCUUCGUGCAGAGUCAAAUGUUGUUCACUCUUAUGCUGCAAGUUGUAUUGAGAAACUUUUGAUGGUAAAGGACGAUGGUGGAAGACCAAGAUAUACUUCAACAGAUAUUUCUCCUGUUCUACCACAACUGAUGAACAAUCUCUUUGAGGCCUUGAAGGUUCCAGAAUCUGAGGAAAACCAAUACAUAAUGAAGGGUAUUAUGCGAGUUCUCGGGGUUGCUGACAUAUCGUUUGAGAUUGCUGAUCCUUGCAUUAAAGGGUUAACAUUACUACUCAACAAAGCUUGUGAAAACCCCAAGAAUCCAAUAUUUAACCACUAUCUUUUUGAGUCGGUGGCUGUUCUUGUGAAGCGUGCAUGUGGGAAGAAUGCCUCUCUAAUAUCACUUUUUGAGACGAGCCUAUUUCCCAGCCUCCAGAAGAUACUAGGGGAAGAUGUGACCGAGUUCUUUCCUUAUGCAUUUCAGCUGCUUGCUCAGCUAGUUGAGUUGAAUAACCCGCCAAUCUCACCGUCUUACAUGCAUAUUUUUGAGAUACUUUUGUCCCCUGAUUUAUGGAAAAAGGCGUCUAAUGUUCCAGCUCUUGUGCGUUUGCUUCAAGCAUUCCUUUACAAGGCACCCCAUGAGCUCAACCAAGGGGGGAGGUUGCAGCAAGUGCUUGUGAUAUUUAAUAAGCUUGUCUCAGCUCGUAGCACAGAUGAACAGGGUUUCUAUGUGCUAAAUACUAUUAUCGACAGCCUUGAGUAUAAUGUGAUUGCGCCUUACAUUGGUGGCAUUUGGAGUGCCCUUUUCACGGUGCUCCAAACCAGGCAAACAGGAAAGUUUAUUAAGUCUCUCUUGAUUUUUAUGUCACUCUUUCUGGUCAAACACGGCUCUCAAAACCUUGCGGAUACAAUGAAUGCUGUUCAGGGCAACAUAUUUCAGGUCAUCUUGGUGCAGUUUUGGAUAUCCAAUCUUAAGCUUAUUACAGGAGUCAUUGAGACUAAGUUGACUGCUGUUGCAUCAACCAGACUUCUAUGUGAAUCUCCAGCACUUCUGGAUGCCGCAGCUGUUGAACACUGGGGGAAGAUGCUGGACAGCAUUAUGACCCUUCUUUCGCGGCCUGAACAGGACAGGGUUGAAGAGGAUCCAGAAAUGCCUGAUAUUGCUGAAAACGCAGGUUACUCUGCCACCUUUGUUCGUCUUCACAAUGCUGGGAAGAGAGAGGACGACCCUCUGAAAGAUAUAAAGGAUCCAAAAGAAUUUUUGGUAACUUCAUUGGCUGGGUUUUCCAAACUUUCCCCUAACAGAUACCCUCAAAUCAUCAGUCAGUAUCUUGACCCAGCCAAUCAGGCAGAACUAGGUCGUCUAUGUGAAUUUUAUAAUUGCCCGAUUGUUUGAGUGGUGAGUAUGCAUAUAAAACAUUCUUGUUCUCUUAGGAUUUCACGUGGCAAUGAAGGUGUGGGCUUUCAUUUGAAGUUUCAACGAGUCUUGGUCAGCAUACAUAUGUGAGCAACCUGUACUGCCUUGCAGUCUCCAGGUUUUGAUGAUUGUCGUCUUCAUCUCUGCAACAUUUAAGAUCUUGUGCAGAAAUGAUGUGAGAUUUUUUGUUACACUUGUCCUGAGUCGAUCUACCAUGACGGCGAGCACCCAGUUACCUAGAUUCUAGUGUUGCAGUCCUAUGUCCAAGUCAUCAUGGAUACGUCUUUGCCGCACCCCGUCCUGUGUCAGCAUGCAUUUGUCUAAAUUAUGGUAGAUCUGUAUUGUUGUCAUGUAAGUCUGUUUUUGUUGAAUAUUUCCAUUGCAUGUAUGCAUAUUGUUGCACCUUUGUCUUUCCCAAAAGAAGAAAAAGGAAUUGUUGCGUCGUCGAUAUUUCAGUUCGUGAAAUCCCUGGUUGGUUAAGUGAAUUAAGGUUUUAGCAUUACCCCUAUGAAGUUUUUUUUGUGGUGGGAGGGGAACCCGGAAGUUUUCAGGUCUGAGGAAGAAGAUGAAGCUUUUCUUCGACUUUGUCGGUGUCGAAGGAAGGAAGGUUUUUAAUGGACGCAUGCUGGCAGCACUUGUGCAAUGUACUUUUUAGUAACAUAUGGAGAGUACACAAUAAAGUGUGCAACAUGUUUGUUCGUAUA